AUGCAGGGCGUGCGGCGCACGUCGGGCCUGUUCGCGCCCAUCAUGCAGCUGCACGGCCACCAGGGCGAGGUCUAUGCCUUGCAGUUCAGCCCCGAGGGCGAUGUUGUCGCCUCGGCUGGAUUUGACAAGACGAUCCUGCUGUGGCGCACGUAUGGGGAGGAGUGCGAAAACUACAUGCUCAUACGGGGCCACAAGAACGCAAUCCUGCAGCUGGCGUGGUUUCCUAGCGGGGAGCACAUUGUCACUGCCAGCGCAGACAAGAGCGUGCGCUGCUGGGACGCGGACACGGGCAUGCAGGUCAAGCGGCAGAGCGAGCACACGGCAGUGGUCAACAGCGUGUGCCCCAUGCAUCGGGGCCCCGGCUUGUUCGUCAGCGGUUCGGACGACGGCAGCGUCAAGCUUUGGGACGUCCGCAGCAAGCGCAGCAGCCACACCUUCGCGGGCAAGUUCCCGGUCACGUCGGUGGCCUGGUCGGAGGCGGGGGACCAGGUGUACUCUGGGGGCAUUGACAACCAGGUGCACAUCUGGGAGCUGCGGAAGGGUGUGGUGUCCACCAGCAUGGCGGGGCACACAGACACCAUCACCGGCAUGUCCUUGAGCCCCGACGGCAACUUCUUGCUGAGCAAUGCGAUGGACAACACACUGCGCGUAUGGGACGUGCGGCCCUAUGCGCCAGCGGACAGGUGCGUCAAGGUGCUGACGGGCCACCAGCACACGUUUGAGCGCCUGCUGCUGCGCUGCGCCUGGUCGCCAGGCGGCAAGCGCGUGGCGGCAGGCAGCGCGGACCGCAUCGUGUACGUGUGGGAUGUGGACACCUUGCGGCUGGAGUACGCGCUGCCCGGGCACAAGGGGUCGGUGAACGAGGUUGCCUUCCACCCCAAAGAGCCCAUCGUCGGGUCCGCCAGCAGCGACCGCACCAUCUACCUGGGAGAGAUCGCGCCGGAGGCUACGGCCGACUGA